GGACAAUGAGGUUCAUCCUCGCGAUCGAGGAUACAGACCCAAACAGGGCACUGACAACCCACAGCCUAGGGAUGGAACCUGAGUGAUGCAUGAAACCGGUGGACAAUUAUCGCAACAAUCAACUCAAGCGUGGCAUGGAACUGUGGUCAUUAAGCACAAGACAUUAAUCUACCCAAUCAAAUAACCCCCUCAC